AUGAUUAUACAAAGUAUUGUAUCAUAUAUCACAGAUAUAUCUGCUGGUAGAAGAGGAGGUCUUGAAGAAUGCUUUAGAUUAGAUGAACAUGAGAGUGAAGAACGUUGCGAAGAAUAUAUCCCAGAUGUUAUCCAAGAGAGUAUUGUGAACCUGAAGUUAAGUUUAUCUGUUGCCCAAAACCUCAUAAGAAGAAGAAAGAAAGGAGAAAAAAUUGUGAUAGCAUUAUAA